AUGGAUACUCCAAACCCUAAGCGACAGUGCUGUGAUGCUUUCUCCUCGAUCCAAAGACCUAAUUCUGUUACUAUAGCUCCAGAUUUCAACCAGAAUGACUUUGAUUCGACUAUCUCCUCUUUUCUUUUGUUGCCUGAUUCGCCAUAUAAUUCUAUUGGUUGCUCUUUCGAUAGAGUGCAAGGUCAAGUUCUCGACUCUGCUUCCAAAGCUUCCGGUGAUGAUUCCGUCAGGGAUCGUCUCAUCGAUCGUACUGGCAAACUCGCAUUUCUUCUUCUUGAAUCCACCAAACGAUUCUCUCGAAUGCGCGCUACUCACUACAAUUACAAUUCUUGGUCCCUCCCUGAUGAACUCACCAUUAAGGUGUUUUCGGGGCUUGAUACAAAGUCUCUGAUGCAAGCUUCAGCAUGUUGCACCAUGUUCCGCAAAUGUUCUAUAGACCCUUUAUGUUACUCUCACAUUGACUUGAAAAUGGGUGGCAAACGCAUUUUUGAUGAAAUUGUGUGUAGUAUGAUUCACAAAGCUGGAACAGAACUCAGAUCCCUUAAACUCGGUCGUGUUAUAUCUUCACGCAAAGGAUCUUCGUUCACAAGCACUUGUCUUACCUCAGUAAUUCGUAAUCAUGGUGGUCUCUUGAGAAGCCUACAACUUUACAAUCGUAUCGACAGGAACCAAGUCCUUAUGCGCUUUGUUAUCAGUGUAUCUUCUUCAACCGUUGAGGCAUUUGUUACCUCCUGCCCCAGCUUAACUACGCUAAAGCUCGUAGGUUUUGGACUAAAGGAAGAAACAGUCAGAAAUCUUGCGGAGGGUUUUCCUAAGCUUACAUACAUGAAUCUGACUAGAACGCCUGGAAUUAGUGGUCGGUUUUUGAGGGAUUUGAGAACUAUCGGCAGAGACAGUCCAAUCAAGACUCUAAUAUUGCGUGACUGUCAUUGUCUAGAUAGGAGAGAAAUAGGGUAUUUUUUGGAUUCACUUCUCAAUGGACACUUCAAAUUCAUUCGACAUAUUGACGUAACAAGUGAAGUUGCUGAUGGGGGUAGGGAAAUUAUCAUAGGAAAGUAUAUUAUAACGAAGCUGAAAGAACAAAGAUCAGAUGUCACAAUUGUAGCCAAAUCUGUUUGUUUUUAG